AUGGAACGCGACCUUGAUAACCUUCUGGACGAGAUCCGCCGGGGUUCAUCCUCGGCCACGACCCCUGCCAAGAACGGCCCCAGAGGCAACUCCACCACAAGAUCCGUGACAGGCACAAACACCGGCGCCACUGGGCGCACUGGCAGGACAUUGCACCCCGUCGACAGACAAAACACUCGGAUGAACGACCGAAGCAGCAACACAAGCUCGACGGUCCAGACACCAAUGGAACGCUUUGAGGCCGAGAAUUUCACCGAUGGCCCAUGGCAUACUAUCGAUGGGGUGUCUGGCUCUGGUUCUGGGUCAGUCUGA